UAUAUAUUAAAGUAGUGAAAAAGCACAAUUUAAUCGUAGGGCAUUUCAGAAUCCAUUUAUACUUCCAAAAACAUGAUUCCCAAUAUAUUUAAAAUGCUUCCCCAUAUUUACUUUGAAAAAUGUAAUCUCAAAAUGUAAACAACAGGACCACCAUGUGUCAAACUUAUUGCAUGGCGUCAAAUUACAAUCGACAGUUGGCUGUCGUUAAUGUCUCCAGCUAACUAUGAAUGUAGGAACUAUUGUGUAGAACUGCCAACACUUGCGCGCAAACUUCUCACUCCAUUUUUGUUAUUGAAAACGGUCGUCUUCAGAAACGCGUGGAUUUUUUAAAAUCUAAGAUUUCCUGGUCUAUUAUAUUUGUUUAAAAAUGGCGGAAAGCAAACGUUCGGCGAUUUGGGAGUUCUUCAUCGAAAUUGAUGGUGGUCGAAGAGCCAAGUGCGCAGAAUGCAGUGCAACUCUAUCGCGCGGUGGUACCGGAAAAGCAGCUACAAAUUCUGGAAUGAUAAAUCAUUUGAAGCAACAUUCCGAAGCACAUCGAAUUUACCGAGAAUCAGAAGCUACGCGAAAAGCUACCAAACCUGCGGCGCAGCCUACCAUCCAAGAGAGCUUUUCUGGCAGCUUCAGAUGGGAGGAAAAUUCUGUAAAGGCUAAAGAAAUUACAAAAACAAUCGCAGAAAUGCUUGUACUGGAUCUCCAACCAAUUUCAAUGGUUCAAGAUGAAGGAUUUCUACGCUUGAUGGCGAAGCUGCAGCCGAAGUAUAAAGUUCCUAGUAGGAAGCAUUUUACAUCAGUGGUACUUCCUGAAAUGUUCGAGAAGUGCAAAAAGUCAAUAAAGGAUGCGUUGCCUCAAAAUGGUGGGUACAUGUCUUUCACGACAGACAUUUGGUCGUCUCCGAACAAUAAAGCAGUGAUAAGUUUGACUGCACAUUGGUACGAAGAAAAAUGCAGCAAUAUGCAACACGCCAUAUUAAACACUAGUGAGUUCCCUGGCUCCCACACCGGAGAGAGAAUUGGCCUAAAAAUGCACGAAAUGUUAAGUGCCUGGAACAUAUCCACAUCUCAGGUUCACCUGAUCUUGCGGGAUAAUGCGGCAAACAUGCUGAAAGGGCUAAAUGAUGCCGAACUGCCGAACGUUGGAUGUUUUAUUCAUACGCUUCAACUAGUUGUUCUUGAGGGAUUGGAAUGUCAAAAAACUGUUAAAGACGCUAUAGCAAAAUCACGCAAUAUUGUGACACACUUCAACCAUUCUCCACUAGCUUGCAACAAACUGUCCGAAAUCCAGGACAAAUACGAUUUACCCAAAAGAAAACUCCUGCAGGACGUUCGCACACGAUGGAAUUCUUCGUUCUAUAUGUUAGAACGCAUGCUUGACCAAAGAUCAACCGUAACAUACUACGCAGGAGAAGUUCCAACGGUAAAGAAUUUGACGGAAUAUGAAUGGAAUAUUACAAGCCGUCUUCUUGAGCUUUUGAGUCCAUUUGAGGAAAUAACCAGAAUCGUAAGCUCCGAUGAAUCGAACAUAUCUGAGGUAAUUCCGUAUGUGGCAGCCCUCAGACUGUUUUUAGAAAAGAAUAGUAGUAAUCAUAAAGGAGUCGAACCUACAAAAGAAACCCUGUUAAGAAGCUUGAACGCCCGGUUUAAUUAUAUUUUGGAGGAAAAUGUUUUUACCUUUGCCACUGUUCUGGAUCCCAGAUUUAAACUGAACUUCAUUUCCGAAAACAAUCACCGUAUCCUAAUUGAUCGAAUCGUUACUGAGAUCCUUGAUCAAAUCGAAGUAACGAAGCCAGAUGAAACAAGGCCUGAACUGGAGAAACCUGCAGAGACUUCAUCCGGUUUCUGGAAGUGCUUUGAGGAAGUUGGAGCAAAUCAACAACAAACAAUCGACCCGUCCAUCUGCACAAUUAGAAACGAGCUGGAACAGUAUCUUUCGGGAAAAAAUAUUGAUAGAAAGCAAAGCCCGUAUGCUUGGUGGACUACAAACAAACACAAAUACCCACAUGUACUGAAAAUCGCUACGCGUUACCUUUCAGCUCCUGCAAGUACUGUUGUAAGUGAAAGGUUGUUUUCCACCGAAGGACUCAUAUAUGAGCAGCAUCGUAAUCGGCUACUGCCAGAGAAUGGCGAAAUGCUUACAUGCAUGAAGCGCAAUUUUUGA